AAAAACUGCAGGAAUUUGUUUCAUUUGUUUUAUUAAAAGAUAGGAGUACUUAAGUAAAUACCUACUCAAACAACUUCUGUUUUUGUUUGAAUGUCUUUGCGGCGGGUUGUUUUACUUGUGGGCGAAUACACCGCCCCGGUAUAAUUUAUAGUUAUAAUUUUAUUGCCGGCAAGAGUGAGUGAAAGUCUGGCGAGGUCAUCUAUGGGAUGUAAUGCCAAAGAUAACUUAGUAUUUUUAGGAUUAAAUAAAAAAAAUUCCUAAGUAAACUCAACACCUACAGAUUAUCAGGUGUAGUCAACAUGUGUGGGUGCUUGAGAGUACUGUGUACCUAUAAACCAGCCCCGCAUAUAUGGCAGUGCAGAUUUUCUAGCUCUUCAGCACCUGCAACGCCAGGGGUACCCUACACAAAACUGACUAUAGGUGUACCAAAAGAGAUUUGGCAAGGUGAACGAAGAGUGGCGGUUGUACCAGCAGUAGUUAGCAAAUUAGUCAAAAAGGGGUUUAAUGUAAAUGUGGAGGAAAAUGCUGGAGCCUUUGCAAAUUUUCCUAACAAAGCUUAUGAAGAGGCUGGAGCCAUAGUGACGAGUCUGAAGAAUACAUUCCAAUCGGAUAUCAUACUAAAAGUCCGACCACUUGUUGACACUGAAAUACAAAAUGUGCAAGAUGAAGGCACGCUAAUAUCAUUCCUGUAUCCUGCACAAAACCAAGAUUUGAUAAAGAAACUUGGUGUUAAAAAAGUAAACGCUUUUGCAAUGGACUGCAUUCCGCGUAUCAGCAGAGCACAAGCAUUCGACGCGCUAAGUUCCAUGGCUAAUGUAGCGGGCUAUCGUGCCGUUAUAGAGGCUGCUGCACAGUUCCCUCGUUUUUUCUCUGGCCAAAUGACAGCGGCGGGGCGGGUGCCACCGUGCCGCGUGCUGGUGGUAGGCGGCGGAGUCGCGGGGCUGGCCGCUGCCGCUCAGGCACGAUGCAUGGGCGCCGCCGUCCGCGCCUUCGACACACGACCCGCCGUACGGGAACAGAUUGAAAGUCUGGGUGCGCAGUUCAUCACUAUGGAUAUGAAGGAGGAAGGCGCUGGAGAAGGCGGGUAUGCAAAGGAGAUGAGCGAAGAGUUCUUGAAUGCCGAGCGUGCGCUUCUCGGUAAGGAAGCGAGAACAUCAGACGUUGUCAUCAGUACAGCACUUAUACCUGGGAAACCGGCACCGCUGCUCAUUUUAGAAGUAAUUACAUUAUACAUAUAUACAGCAUUUGGCGAGGUCGCUAUACACGGCGUUACACACAUUGGACUCACCGACCUGCCGAGCCGUAUGCCCGCUCACGCCUCCACUCUCUACGCCAAUAAUAUAUCUGGAUUCCUGUUGAGUUUAGGCACUAACGACCAUUUCCACAUCAACCUUGAGGACGAGGUAACCCGCGGCGCCAUAGUUCUCAAGGCCGGUGAACUCCUCUGGCCACCACCGCCUCCGCCCAGCAUGGCGGCCACAACCACCGCAACUAAACCCACCGCUGCAGUUCAAAUCGAACCACCGAAUCCUUUUAAUGAAACUCUGAAGGAUGCCUUCUUGUAUUCUACUGGUAUGGCUAGCUUGAUUGGUUUGGGUAUGGCAUCACCUAAUCCUGCAUUCACCACUAUGACAACCACUUUAGCUCUAGCAGGCGUGGUAGGAUACCAUACGGUUUGGGGUGUGGUGCCCGCGCUGCACUCGCCGUUGAUGUCAGUUACCAACGCCGUGUCGGGCAUCACGGCAGUCGGCGGCCUGCUCCUCAUGGGCGGCGGGUACGUCCCGGAAACACCUGUCCAAUGGUUAGCAAGUACCGCAGCACUAAUCUCAUUUGUGAACGUAUUUGGCGGUUUCCUAGUGACGCAGCGGAUGCUUGAUAUGUUCAAAAGACCUGGAGACCCACCGGAAUAUGGCUAUUUAUAUGCCAUACCAGCAGCUGCACUUCUAGGUGGAUAUAUAACUACAGCAAUGCAGGGUUAUCCCGAAGUUCAUCAGAUAGCAUAUUUAGCUUCAUCACUGUGCUGCGUAGGCGCACUAGCAGGUCUAAGUUCCCAAACCACUGCGCGUAAAGGAAAUUACCUAGGAAUGAUUGGAGUUGGCGGUGGCAUAGCUGCUACACUGGGAAUAUUAACGCCCACUGCUGAAGUAUUUGCUCAGAUGAUGGGUGUGGCAGGAAUUGGUGGUGUACUUGGUGCUACUAUUGCCAAGAAGAUUGAGAUUACUGAUUUGCCGCAACUUGUAGCUGGUUUUCACAGCUUAGUCGGCAUGGCCGCCGUACUGACGUGCAUUGCAACAUAUAUGCACGAUUUUCCAGCGAUGGCGAUGGAUCCCACCGCUAAUACGCUCAAGACCUCUCUCUUCCUUGGUACUUAUAUUGGAGGCAUCACAUUUACCGGAUCAUUGGUGGCAUAUGGGAAGCUGCAAGGGACACUGUCAUCUGCACCGCUAAUGCUGCCAGGCCGUCAUGCCAUCAACGCGGGCCUACUGGCGGGGUCAUUGGGUUGUGGGGGUGCGUUGUUGGCUUUCCCUGAUGCGCCAGGACUACCAUUACUGUCAGCAGCUGCCGUUCUCAGUGGCAUACAGGGGCUCACGCUUACUGCUGCUAUCGGAGGUGCGGACAUGCCAGUAGUUAUAACUGUACUUAACAGCUACUCUGGUUGGGCGCUGUGCGCUGAGGGCUUUAUGUUAAACAACUCUCUGAUGACCAUCGUUGGGGCACUUAUCGGCAGCUCUGGUGCUAUUCUUUCAUAUAUUAUGUGCAAGGCCAUGAACAGAUCUUUACCCAACGUAAUCCUAGGCGGGUACGGCGUGACCACCGGUGGGUCCGCGAAGCCGGCCAAUGCUACACAUACAGAACUCAAUGUUGAUUCCGUCGCCGAUCUCAUCUACCGCGCUUCCAAUAUCAUCAUUACACCUGGAUAUGGUUUGUGCGUGGCGAAAGCUCAGUACCCAAUAGCUGAACUAGUAGACCUUCUUAAAGGAAUUGGCAAGAAAGUACGCUUUGCGAUCCAUCCCGUUGCUGGUCGUAUGCCUGGUCAACUAAAUGUGUUGCUUGCCGAAGCUGGCGUUCCAUAUGACGAUGUGUUCGAGAUGGAAGAAAUAAAUGAUGAUUUCCCAGAGAGUGAUCUUGUAUUAGUUAUUGGCGCUAAUGAUACAGUGAACAGUGCUGCAGAGGAUGAUCCCAACUCACCUAUUGCUGGAAUGCCUGUACUUAAAGUGUGGAAAGCAAAUCAGGUUGUGGUGAUGAAGCGUUCUAUGGGUGUUGGUUAUGCGGCCGUUGACAACCCUAUUUUCUACAACCCGAACACGGCUAUGUUACUAGGCGACGCUAAAAAGACGUGCGAUGCUCUACUUGAACGCGUUAAGCAUCUAGCUGCAUAAUUAAUACUAAUUACAAUUCAAUGAAAAUGUGCAAAAUAUGGAAAUGGCACAUGACAUGGUCCAUUGGAAACGCUGUUCCAAUCAGUUACCAUAAGUCUAGUUUUUAAGAUUACAUACAUGCUAUGAGAUUAUCCGUUAUUUACGCUAGAUCCAUGUUUAAUAACCUAUUUACAAGUCAUUGGACUAUUAAUCACACUGAGGUAUUUAACCCUUUUAAUGCUUAUUAUAAUGAUUUCUUAUGUAUCGUUUUCAUUUGAUAGCCUAUUUAUAAAAUCCUACAUUUUGUGUAGUGAGUGUAUUUAGACAUACAAUAUAAGCCAUAAGUUUGUAAUAAAUUGAAUAUCAGUGCAGUAACAAUUCUUAAAUUAACAAAAAAAAAAUAUUCAUUUUUUUUCCAAAGAAUAGUGAGGAUUGUUCUCAUAUUAACUUGAUUCUAAGUAUCUAGUCAUUAUCAUUAUAAUGAAAAUAUUGUUUUCCUAUAACAAUUAUGUUAUUAAAAAUUUUGGAUAACUCACUCAGGGCUUACAAUUUAUACUUAUGACACAAUAUAAUAUCAGACACCUAGCAGAAAAAGGGUUAAAUUGUAUAAAUUAAAUGUGGAUAGACCUAGAGAAAAUUUAUGUAACUAGCAAAAUAUAAGUCUGAAUAGAUAACAUAAUGCACUUGACUGACUACCUAUAUUACCACUUUCUUGUUUGAUACUAAAACAAAACAUUUAACAAAUGUGGUAUUUGAGUCUACUACUGUGCAAUUUAUUAUUAUUUUUUAUUAAGAUCUCUAUAAAAACCAAUCACGUCUGCACAUUAGACAUUAUCUUGAUUCUACAUCGGCUUUAUCUUGAGUACUUAAAGAAUAAUCUUAUGUUUCGUGUUCGUACACAAUGAUUGUCAUGACAUAAUAAUCACUUCUAUAGUCAAAAUGGAAAUGGACAGAGAGUAUGUUGUGAGCAUGUAUACUGAAUUAAUGUAUAAGUAAUAAGAUAUUUUCUUGUCAUGAGACAAUGUCUUCUAAUGUGCAGUCGGCCUUAGCGUAUACUUUUUGAUUCAGUCAGAUUACCGAGCAAAAUUGAAGAGUUCGAUUUAUAAUUUGCAUUCGUGGCUCUGUCGUCAAAUAUAUUUAAUUGCUUAUUACCCCUUAUUUUAUUUAUUUAGUGUAUUAGAGUCAGAGCUGCUAUAUAUAAUGUGUCAGAGUCACCGUUUAUGCCGUCAUUCGUACAUUCAACAACAAUCCGAAUCUUAUUUAAAAUCUUACUGGACCGAAAAGUGUGCCAAUUCUUAACGUGCCUACAUUACUGAAGAAGUGCUAUGAAUAAGACUUUUGACAGCUAGUCUGUUUAGUAUAGUUAAAACUAAUUUUUAAAAAUAUUUACAGUUUAUAUUUUAUAUGAAUUUAUUCAUUUUCAUUAUUAUUUCGAUGAAAUUAUUUUUGUACUUAUAUAUGUACCUUAUUUUAAGUAUAAAAAUAUUUUAUAUAAUACACAAUUGAUGUGUGUAGCCUUAAUCGUGAGAUUUAUAUUAGUUUCAUUUCCCUUGACAUUCCAUUUAAUGUGUGUUACCAUUUUAUUAUUUUAUAAAAUACAAUGUGUUCAUCCUACUAAUCCAAAUUUGUUAAUAAUUGCCAAAUUUUGCCAAUAUAUAAUAGUAUUUUGUAUUUAUAAAAAAAAUUACUACAUUUAUGUAUAACCACAUCAUGACUGCCUAUUUAUGAUACUUUGCAAUAAUAGAGAAUUAUUGAAUGGAAAUCAUUAAUUUGUUUUACAUAAUGCAAAACAUUGAUAUACGUAAUAAUGUAAACUUUGCUUUAAAUUUAUCAGGGUAUAUUAAUUUUAAAAUUUUAUAAUUAUAUCCGCUAUCAGUAUUUUUUUGUCAUAAUAACGAUUUAUCAUGCAGUACUAAAGAAAAAAAAAAUAUUAAGCAUUUUAGUAAGCAUUUUUAUCAAUAACAACUAAGUUUUCCAAUAGGUAAAAUAAUAUCACAAUGUAUUAAUUUUGUAAUUAAAUGUAAAAUUUCUUUGAACGCUUUUAUUUUUCAAACGUUUUAAUACCUACCGAACGUGAGUGAAAGCUAACAUUAAUGUAUUACAUUAUAAUAAUUAUUUUGUUAUAAUUCAAAAUCAUUACAAAUCAGCUUUACUUAAGUAAUUAUCUUAACGAUUCCUUGACUAAUACUACGUCUCGUGCCUUGCGAGCAGCACUACUAUGAAACCAAAAUCCAAUAAGUUACUUGCCGAUGUGCUUUAACCCUUUGAGUGCUGACGAGCGCCAUCGCGCUCGUGCGCAUUGCAACUAAAAGUGCCAAGGGCCUCAUAGCGCUCGUGAAAUCAGUCGCUGUUUAGUUUGCUGUAAAAAAAAUAUUAAAAUUAGAUAAUUUUUGGAGGAGAUACAGUUUUUUUAGAGACAAGGGUCAAUGACAUCAACACGACAAAAAUUUCUUUGGCAUUUUUAAGUAGAUAUGAGUAAAAAUCAAUGGCACUAAAAGGGUUAAAAUAAGAUUGCUCUCUUUUAACUGAGGUAGACAAUGUAAUGACGAUCCUCUGACAACUGUAAAAUUAUCGUAAGUUCAUACUAUUCACUCCAACGUCGAACUUUAAUUGAUCUAUUAUUAUAAUUUUUAAUCCUAUGGUGUCUCUCUUAUACUUUUUGGUCUAUCCGAUAAUAACUUUUUGAUGUCGCCUGGCAACUAGACGCUUUCUAAGAUCUUAAUGUGGAUAAUAUAUUAAAUGUUAUGAAAGAUAA